UUCCUCGCCGCGGCUCUCCACCACUCCAGCUGCCGCCGCUCUCGGCUCUCGCCAAUGGCGAACCACACAAGCUGCCGCCGCCUCCGCUUCCUCGAAGCGAAUAUCUGACGGAGAACCGGAGGCGCCGCCGCGUCCCCGCGCCGUAGCUUCUCCGCCACCUCCGCGUCGAGCAGGUUCCGCCGCGCUGAUUUUACAGUUCUCCGCGGGUCUCGUGGGUUCCGCGAAGCGGCCGGGACGGAGAAUUAAUCAUGGGGAGCGAGCCGAAGGAGAUGAAGUACCGGCGGAGGGCUAGGGUUCCCGAGCCGGGGGAAUACGGGCAAUGCACCGACAGCAGCGGUCGGAGCGGCCCGUCGGCGGACUGGAGCGGCGCGCUGAAGCAGCAGCUGCAGCAGCAGGACCCGGCGGAGCUACUCCGGAGGCUUGAGGAGAUACGGGACCAGAUCAUCACCCGGUCCUGCGAGGUAGUGGAGCCGCGCCGCGCCAUGAGCCGGCGCACGGUCUCCUUGCGCCCCGAGCCUUUGCCGCCGCCGCCGCCGCCAGGCCGCGCCACGCCGGAGUACUACUACCGCUCGCGCCGGUACGGGCCGCCGAGCUCGUAUGAUGACCACCUGCAGCGCUCUGUGUGCGCCGGCGACGAGAGGUAUGCGAGGCAGCCGAGCGCGAGGUUCCGGCAUUGCCCCGAGGGGCAGUGGGAGAGUUAUGGUGGGUAUGGUGGUCAGGGGAAUUGCCAUGAGAGCAACUGUCAGUGUGCGCAGUGCGUGCACGGCCGGCGUGCCGUGGUGCAGGAGGAGAACAUCCCGAUGGCGAGGUACUUCGCGGGGCAGCAGAGGUCCUCAUACCAGUUCGAGAGGUCCCCGUCAAUAUCGUCGGAGUAUGACCGGAGGUCCGUGGCUUCUUCGCUGUACUCGCACGUUUCAAUGUCGAAGAGAAGGGUGGAGUAUUUUAGGAAGAAGGCGGAUAGCUUUUGUCGGCCGAUCAAGGGCGGCGCACCUUUCAUUGUGUGCAGCUCUUGUAACCAGCUUUUGCAGCUGCAGCCGGGGAAAUGCACAGCAGGGAAGCAGAAUAAGGUUCAGUGUGGUUCCUGCUCAGAGGUUGUUACUUUCACGCUUAAGGGGGUGAAAGUUCAUCCUUUGACCCCAUCAUCAUCUUACACUGUACCCAAAAGCGUGAGAAGUUUCGAUCGCCGGAUUCCCCAAAGUUCCGGGUGGUAUCCCCAUCAGGAUGAUGACAAUUCUUGUUUCAGUAAGCUGCAAGCACAUGACAGCCAGCGACAGAACACAGAUUUUUCUGACAAUCAAUCACAGUCUUCUACUGGAAGUUAUGGUAGCCCAAACAAAGAACGCUGGUCAAACAAGAGCAUUCAGUUAAAAUCAGUGCCUGCCAGCAGGUCUAGAUUUGCAGAUAGUCCAAAAGAUAUAUUGUGCCAAGGAGAUGCAGACAGUCAAGAGGAAGCUUCAGCGCUUCGUACAAUCAGUCCACAAGCUCCAAUUUUAGAGGACAAACUUGUUGAUCCAUUUUCCAGACAACAGAAAUAUUGCAGUGGUGGGGAUCAAAUCAGGAGCAAGAAAUAUGGCUUAAAUAGCAAAGGAGACUAUGAUGCUACUGUUAGAUGUGAGAGGAUUGAUACGAAAUGUGAACAAAAGAGCAACGAAAGUCAAAAGGAUGAAUUUGGUGAAGAAAUCAUUAACAAAACAAAGGAAGAAAAAUUCAAACAAGGUAAUGCUGAUCGUCAGGAAAAUCGCAUGGGUAACAGAAACAGGCAGAAGGCCAGCAGUGAUGGUGGCAGCAGCCUCGAAGACGAAGCUAUGAGCAAAAAGUAUGAAGAAAAGAGCAAACAAGAGGACAACAGCUUCAAAGCUCAAGGCAUUAAUAAGAGAUACGGCAAAUGCAACAAAGAAGGUUAUAACACUGUCCUUGAAGUUCAUAGCAUAACUAAGGCAUGCGAAGAAGAGAGCAUAGAAGAAGAUUAUGGUAAAUCGCUGUUCUCAAAUUGUGAAAAUGCAAAGACAGUAGCCAAUAAUGAGUUAUUAGUCAAGGAGCGAGCAAAUACUUUUUCUCGAACAGAGCGAGCAAAUACUAGCUCCCGUGUUUCUUCUGAGGCUGAGAUAGAUGUAAAUCCGUCUUCAGCUGGUAAGACUGGGGAUUCAUCAUUUUUUGGUGGUUUCUUGAAGAAAGGUUUCAAGGAUCUUUCUUUAUUCAAUCAGUCUUUGGACAGUGUGAAGGUUUCGAUCAAUGGUCAUCCAAUCUCUGAACGUGCUGUUCGGAAGGCAGAGAAAAAAGCUGGUCCGGUUGGCCCUGGCUCAUAUUGGUAUGACCAACGUGCUGGAUUUUGGGGUGUCAUGGGGCAUGAGUGUAGCGGCAUUAUCCCUCCGUUUAUAAAAGAAUUCAGUUAUUCAAUGCCCAAGAAUUGUGCCGGUGGGAAUACUGGAGUUCUUGUAAACGGCAGAGAACUUCAUCAGAAGGAUUUUGAUUUGCUUGUAAAGAGAGGCCUUCAACGUAUGUCUGGAAAAUCAUAUACUGUUGAUAUCUCAGGAAAUGUGAUCGAUGAUACAACUGGCAAGAAAUUACCAAACCUUGGAAAGCUUGCUCCUACAAUUGAGAAGAUGAAGCGUGGCUUUGGAAUGCACAUCCCUGAAGAGAUAAGUUAGCUCUCUAUUGACGAUGAUGUCUCCUUGCUUAGCUAUUCCCCACCAAACAUCGCCUAUAAGCUGCCUAUGGGAGUUUAAACUUUGGACUCUGGUAUGGAGGAAGCCUUUUAAAUCAUACUACUUCCUAAACCAAAGCCUAAGUGUGCAGCAGCAGUGAUACUUCAGAAACUGAGGCCACUAUAUUUUUUAUGUUACCACUCAUAUCAUUCAAGCUCGUCCUACAAAUUCCGCUCAUUUAUUUGAAAUGUUAGCUGGAUAUAUCUCCCAAUGAUCAGGUCCAGGUUCUCCCUGCUCUGUUGUUUCUCAUCCCCUGCAUAUGUUCUUGGUUCUCACCAUAGGUAUAGCAUUUGGAAUGUGUGUGGUUAUGGUCUUGUAAUAUAUACCGGUAGAAUCUUUCUACCUUAUAAAACUGUAAAUAUGUACUAGUCUUAAACCAUCUCUUCCUAGGUGGGUGAUGUGAAUGUGUGAUGGCUUUUUGGCUCACCUCAUAUCUCAAUAAUCUGAGGUACCGAACAUGUCCCUUUUGUUUUCUGAAA